CGCUCCUGCAUCCCGGCCGGGGGGAGGAGGAGGCGGAGCAGGAGGCGAGCCGGAGCCGCCGCCGCCAACGCCGCCGCCGCCCGAGCAGGACAGAGCGCGUUGCAGCCCCGUGCGUCCGGCCGCCGCCCGUGCCCAUCAAGCAGCCGCGCCGGAGCCACACCGCGGGACAGCACCGGUCGCGGCGCGCCCCGGCCCGGCCCGGCCCAGCCCAGCCCAGCCCAGUCCCGGCACCGGGCGGCCAGGCGGCCGGCCCGCCCCCGAGGGCGCCGGGCGCGGCGGGAGGAUGCCGAAGCCGACGCUGCUGCUGCGCGGGGGCUGGGAGCGCGAGCGCAGUCCCGGGGACUCAGAGCUGGGCCGCCAGUUCCGGGACUGGUGCCUGCGCACCUACGGCGACUCGGCCAAAACCAAGACGGUGACACGCAGCAAAUACCAGCGGAUCACCGAGGUCCUGCAGGGCGGCGGCGGGACCGGCGCGGGCAAUGGCCCGGCGGCCGGCGAGAAAGGCAAGUUCCAGUUCUGGGUGCGCUCCAAGGGCUUCCGCCUGGGCAGCGGCCGGGAACCCAAGAUGGGCCAAGUGGUGUAUGUGCCGGUCAAGACGGGCUCGGGGGCAGAUGGCCUGUCGGAGCCCGAGGGCAUCUCUCUGAAGCGGGUCGCUGUGGUGGAAGAUUUCUUUGACAUCAUCUACUCGAUGCAUGUGGAGAGCUCAGCGGAGCCCGGCAAAGCCCCCAAGCACGCUGGGCAGAAGAAGACCUACAGAGCGAUUGCGGAGACGUACGCCUUCCUUCCACGAGAGGCUGUGACCCGGUUCCUGAUGAGCUGCACAGAGUGUCAGAAGAGGAUGCACUUUAAUUCCAACGGCCUGGAGCCCAAAGGGCGCCUGGUGCAGUGGGAACAUCAGCCUGGACCCCAUGUUGUUACACAUGGAACCCAGACACAAGACUACCAGUGUCCGGGUGUCCCACAGGGAGACACACAGUCAGUCACCCACCCAGAAAACGAGCCUCCCUCUCCUCUGGUCUCUGGGAUUAUUGAUUACAACAUGCCCCUCACCUCCACAUACCUGAAGCAGAUGAAGUUGCGCGUGAUGAAUUCCCAGGAGCAGGAUGAAACUUCUGUGAGCAGUGAAGAUUUUGAUAUGAACGACUCCACAUGGAUGUCAGCUGACCCACACCUGGCCUCCAGCCUGAGUCCCAGCCAGGACGAGAGGAUGCGGAGCCCGCAGAACCUCCACAGCCAAGAGGAUGACGACUCCUCCUCCGAGAGUGGCAGCGGCAAUGGCUCCUCCACCUUGAACCCAUCCACUUCGAGCAGCACGCAGGGCGACCCUGCCUUCCCCGAGAUGAAUGGCAACGGCGCUGUGGCCCCCAUGGACUUCACGGCCGCAGCUGAGGACCAACCCAUCAACCUGUGUGAUAAGCUCCCGCCAGGCACGUCCCUCGGCACGCCCUCCUACCCCUCGGACAGCUGUGGCACAGAUGGACUGCGGAGCCGUGUCAAGUACGGGGUGAAGACCACCCCUGAGUCCCCCCCCUACAGCUCAGGGAGCUACGAUUCCAUCAAGACCGAGGUCAGUGGCUGCCCCGAGGACCUGACUGUGGGCCGAGCUCCCACAGCAGAUGACGACGACGACGACCACGAUGACCACGAGGACAAUGACAAGAUGAACGACUCCGAGGGCAUGGACCCUGAGCGCCUCAAGGCCUUCAACAUGUUUGUGCGUCUCUUUGUGGACGAGAACCUGGACCGCAUGGUGCCCAUCUCCAAGCAGCCCAAGGAGAAGAUCCAGGCCAUCAUCGAAUCCUGCAGCCGGCAGUUCCCCGAGUUCCAAGAGCGGGCCCGCAAGCGCAUUCGCACGUACCUCAAGUCCUGCCGGCGCAUGAAGAAGAACGGCAUGGAGAUGACCAGACCCACACCUCCCCACCUGACCUCGGCCAUGGCCGAGAACAUCCUGGCAGCUGCCUGUGAGAGCGAGACGAGAAAAGCAGCCAAAAGGAUGCGCCUGGAGAUCUACCAGUCCUCACAGGACGAGCCCAUAGCCCUGGACAAGCAGCACUCCCGGGACUCUGCAGCCAUCACCCACUCCACCUACUCACUGCCAGCCUCCUCCUACUCCCAGGACCCCGUGUAUGUCAAUGGCGGCCUCAACUACAGUUACCGCGGUUACGGGGCCUUGGGCAGCAACCUGCAGCCCCCUGCCUCCCUGCAAACAGGAAAUCACAGUAAUGGGCCCACGGACCUCAGCAUGAAAGGCGGGGCCUCCACCACCUCCACCACACCCACCCCCACGCCCUCCAGCAACAGCACCAGCAGGACCAUGCCCACCGCCCAGCUCAGCCCUACGGAGAUCAGUGCUGUGCGGCAGCUCAUCGCUGGCUACCGAGAGUCUGCCGCCUUCCUGCUACGCUCGGCGGACGAACUGGAAAACCUCAUUUUACAGCAGAACUGACCCAGCGGCACCUGGAGUGCACUACCCUCGGGAAUGAGGCUGUCCCGCCCGACCCAGCUUCCUGCCUCACCAGUUGGUACAUUUUGUUUUUUGCAAGAGGUGGGAUCCGAGAGCUGUUUCUAGCCACACUCCAAGCACCUGAGACUUUGGGCACAAGGACACUUUUUUUUUGGAAUCUCACCACACAGGUGCUCUGACCUGCUUGGAAGAGGCCAAUGGGGCAGCUUUGGAAGGGCUGGGCUCCCCUGACAGGGCGCUGGGGCCACAGCUCUAGUUAGAUCAUCUUCGUGGACCCUGAUGUUAGAAUCCCACUCCCAGAUAAUUACCUUUCAAGUCUUAGGUGAGCAGAAUUGCAUAUUUAUUGAGAAAAACAAAGUGGACCCUUUCUUCCUCUCCCCUUAGUAAUUUAUUUUUUUGAAAAUGGAUUCUUUUGUGUUUGUACAGAUUGCCAGUCUGUGUCUGUCUGAUCAGAAGGAUGUCUCCCUGUGCCCUAACAUUCCAUAUCACUACACUGGCGCGGGCGGGGCGGCGGCGGGGCAGGUGCCAGGGGCUGUCCCUCUGAGUGCCCAGCACCACCAAGCAGGAGGACCUCACCCACACCCACUGCAAAGCAAAGACAAACACACACCCCCUCCCCCCAUUUCACAGAAGCCCCAGCCAUGGCCACCUGUAUUCUACCUCACACUCCAGCGGGGGCUUUUUCCAGGAUGUGCCCGAGCCUGCUCUGAAUGGCUGUCUCCCAACUCCCCUACACGGGGUGUGCGCCUGGGGCGUAAGCCCGGCCCUCCUGGCUGCACGACGGGAUGGAGACUGGGAGACGGAGGCCGGGUCAGCAGAGUCCCAGCCCUCACCCUGCCCAGGGAGUUAACACUCCCCGCACAGACCCAGGCCCUCAGGCCCUUGCUGGGAAGACCCUGUUUCCUCAGGGUGAUCCUCUAGGUGUCAGGCAGCCACUGGCCAGGAGAGGUAGCUGGGCACCCCUGGACUGGCUUGGCUCCCGUCCCCGGCCCCCGUGGUGGAAAUGAAGGGACCAUCAUCCACCGGAGUAGCCAAUUGGGUUCUAAGACCAGCCCUUCUGGAGGGACCAGUCCUGGAAGAAACCUCUCAUUCCUGGAGUGUGAAAGGGGCAACAAGGAAAGGCUGGCCUGGUUUCCCUCCUCCCGAUAGGCACUUCCUCUUGCUCAGUGCAAUACCUACCAGUGCUGCUAAACCAGGGAUUCGCCCAGACCUCAGCAGGCCCCCGGGCCUCUCCAUGCAACACUCCGUAGCCAUGACCGCAGCCUCCGCUGCCGCCCCUGCCCAGAGCUGGCAGAAGCCCUCUGUUGCCUUUCCUCCCUCAGAGCAAAGAGGCCCCAGGGAGCCAGGGCCGAGUGGACCCUGGGACGGCCACUGAGAGCCACCUGACCCCAGAGUAGGUAUCCCUUCUCAAACCAGCUUCUCCGCAGCCAGCUGCCUCCUGGCACUGUGGCAGACCCCCCUCAGGAGGGGCGGGGAGGGCACUCCAGUGUGGGUGUCCCACCCUGUGCUGACUCCCAGCCCCUAGAGGCUGGGGUGGUCUUUUAUCUCUCAAGUGGCCUCCAACACCCCAUCCCACCACACCACCUCUGCCUUGCAUCUGACCCAUCCCCAGGCCUCUGGUCGGGGCCAGGACACCCGAGACUCCCCCUUAGCACAGCACAAACUCCAGUGCCCACGGCCUCUCCCUCACCCAGCCAUCCGCACAGCCAUCCUCCACCUGCUCAGUACACUCCCUGAUGUUUUAAUUUGUGUAAAUAUUUAUUUUUGUGUGUGAACAAUAUUACAAAGUAAUCAGUAGAUCUUUUGCAAAAUGUUACCCCAGGCAAUUUGUGAAAUCUUAAUGUUAAAAACUGGCAGAGACAAUCGCCGCCUUAGAAGUCUUGGUAUCAAUUGCUUAACAUGUCAUUUCUCCUCCCAGAGGCAGUACCCAAGCCAGGCAUGAACGGUUUGCUUUUCUUAACAGCCAGGAGUGAGGAGGGCUGGGGAAGGGGCUCCUGCGCCACCACACACGGGAUUAGACCUAAAGAUCACAUAAGCUACAGUUUGAAGUCACGUUUUUCUGUUUAGGCUGCCCUAACUGAUCACCUUCAGCCGGCCUAAUGCUGCGGUAAGAGUGGAAGUUCCGUGUGUUAAAGAGAAAGGAAAGGGACGCCAGUGGCACUGGUCCCGGGGUCUCCCAGUGGCUCCCCCAGGGCGGGUCUGAGGUGGGGUCCUUCCCACUGAAGUUGCACCAGAAGCCCUGGAGGUGGCAGCAUCAGGAGCGAGUCACUGUGAAACAGGAUCCCAUUAGCUAGUUCAGUCAGGGAACUUGUUUGGUUUGGCUUUUGUUUUAAAAGAUGCAGCUUCAACCCAGUCCCUCUCCUGACUUGGAGAGUACCUGAGAGCUGGUUCUGCUGAACCUCGCUCCACUGUACCCCUCCCCCAGUCACCCCAGGGACAGCCUUUUCCCAAAGCCCUGCCCCAGAACCAUUUAAAAUCUUUGUGGAGGGGAGGCCUUGGUACAAAUUAGUCAUUUGGGAUCCAAAGUUUAAAAGAUAAUGUGAGUAGAACACACCAAUUCCAGAGUCUUUGCAGGGGCCUGAUCCUGAGAGGAGAGAAGGGCAGAAUCCAGAGAAUGGGGAUUGGUCUUAGACCAGAAAGAGCGUGGCGCACCUGAAACUCAUUUACCCUCACCACUCGGACGAACGGACAGUGCACAUCCGAGGACAGCAAUGGGGGGGCAGGAAGCGGGGAUCAGGCAGGGGGCUCAGAGGGUUUUAGAGGAUUUCAAACAGGUGGAACCCAGCCAUCCCUAUUCCCAAGGGCCACUUACGACUCCAGGGGUGGUUACAGGAUUAACUACCAGUUCAUUUUCAAAAUGCUGCUUUGAACUCAGAGGGUUGAUACAUUUAAUUUGUAAUUUUUUGUAAAACUUUUUACAAGAUAGUAAAGUAUUUCACCAGAAUACCAGUUUCAAUCCGUCCAUGGUCUGAUUUUUAUAUAAUUUAGUGGUGCUUUAGAAACUUUGUUUUUGUUGUUUCUGGGCUAAACAGCUCAAUCCUUUUUCGCCUGUAUCUACCUAAGACCAAUGUGAACCUUUGUAUUUUUGCUCCUAAUUUUGGACUCAGUGAAAGUGUACUGUUUACAUGUACAGAUGCCCCUGUCCCUGUGUGUUCUGCAAGACUCGCUCUUGAGGAGGAAGGUGCACCUCACUAAGCUCAUCUGCUUAGCAAAGCCACAAAACAAAAACCUCUCACUUUUUACCUGUUUCCACCUAAAAACAAAAACAAAAAAACCUACAACACACAGAACUUGGAUUUACUGAAAAACACUUCUCUAAGCUCAGAAAAAUCUCUGUGCAAGUAGAUGGCCCGCGUGCAUCUGUAUGUGGUCCAUUUAGAAGCAGGGUCGGGACAGAGACCUCCCACGCCAUUGGUGGGUGACUGCACGGGCAGGUGAGCAGUGAAGCAGGACUUGGCUGCACAGUGGUGAGUGGAGAUAGUUCUCCCAGCAGCCUGGGUUGGGCAGGUUGUCCUCAGUCCUCUGGCAUCACUCAGACAGGUUCUGGGAGAGCUCGAGUUCCCGACCUGGGCAAGACUUUAAGAGUCUCCAGUGCAGAUGGGAUGAGCAUGUCUUCAAGGUUCCCCUGGAGGCAUCACCUCUGGCGAGGGGCAGAGGGCUCCAGACGAUAAGCAUAUGGCACUUAAGGCAAACAGUGGAUGGCACCAACUUUUAAAGGUGACUCUUUAUUAAUCAGUGGCUUCACCUCUAAAUUAUAUUUUUACAGAUAUGCACCUAUGCAACUUAAUGUGGCUCUUCUAAGCAGGUGAGAACUUCCUCUUCAAUGCUCUAUAAAAAUUCUUUGUGUUCUGUAUAGUGAGUUUUUCCAGUAAAUGUGGCUCAAUAUUUUAAUUCUUAGACUGUGUCUUCUCUACGUGAUGCAACUAAAUUCUGUUUUGUUUGUGGAAUGACUAGCACAGGCCAACUCCCUCUCCCCUCACUUAACAAAAGACCAAUGAGCUGUUAAUCGAGCUGUUUCUCCAUGGUAUUACUUGCUAAAUGCACUGAUUUCAUAAGUAUGUGGAAUCCUUUUUCUUUUGAAUCUGUAUAUCAUAUAUGAGACUGAAUCUACUUAAUAAACACUGAAUAACAAA